AUGUCUUGGCAAGAAAAAUUCAAAGACUUCAAAAUUUUGUCUGAUUGGGAAAAAUAUGAAAAUUCAAAGUAUCCUAGACGUAAAUUGAAUGAAUAUCGUCUUGUAAAAAUCAAUUUUACAAUCUAUUUAGAAGUAAAAACUCAAAAACCUGAAAUCACUUUCCUCCUUGAUAAAGAGAAUUUUCAUCUCUUGAAAAAUUAUACCUGGACUUGUGUUAAAGAUGGAAACACAUAUUCUAUUCAAAAUAAAAAAAAGCAUAUUCAUCGUUUGAUUCAUCCUGAUUGGAAGAUGAUUGAUCAUAUGAAUCGUGAUGGAUGUGAUAAUCGUGAAUGUAAUCUUCGGGAAACAACAUCAAGAGAAAACCAACUAAAUCGUAAAUUACAAAAAAAUAAUACUUCAAAAUAUAAUGGAAUUUGUUAUAAUAAAAGAAAAAAUGCUUGGAGAUUUCGUUGGUAUGAGAAUAAUAAACGUAAAGUUAAAAAUUUUAGAAUUACAAAGAAUAGAACUAGUGAACAAGCAAAACAAUUAGCGAUCGAUUUUAAAUUAACUCACGAUGAAUUAACUGGAAACAGAAACAGAUAUCCUAUAACUUAUUCAUAA